GGAAUCAUCAUCAUCAUGACGCAGGCUACGGGAUCCUGCGAGAGACGGUGCGAUUGCGCACGAGUCUUCAAAGAUAUAAAAGCGAUAACAAAUCAUAUCAAGGAUACGGGACAUAUGGAAGCGAAAUGGUGCACGGAAUGCUCUCGUUUGUUUGGUUCUAAGGAUGCACUUGCACUGCAUAAGGCGACUGCCGCAAAACACAAGAGCAAUACGACUGCAACUGCAACUGCAACUGCAAGUGCUACUACGACCGUCACCGCGACUGCCAUACCGAAGACCAACGUUAAGUCCAAGGCUAAGGCUAAGGCCACUGCCUCCGAUAAUAAAUCUCAGAUAGAUAAACCCACCGUCACUUCCAACAAACCUGCAAAUAAACCCUCAAGCAAACCUACCGGAAUUACCACUGCCACCACCACCACCACUAACGCUACUACCAUUACUAAACCUCCUAAGCCAUCUCAGAGCGAUAAAGGAAAGAAUCUCUCCAAGGGUCCUAAAGCCGUUAUCUCGAGUAAAAGCACCACGAUGCAGAGCUCAACGGCAGGUGUAUAUACACCCCCAAAGCCGGCCCUAGCCGUGCCCUCGGAUCCUAUUACAAGCAAAUAUCCGUGGUCGUCAGAGAAGCAAACCCCAACCUUGAUCAAGUCUUUAUCACCCUGUUGUCACGAUGAAGCGUGUUUGAUAGACGAGAACUAUUACACAGGCACUUGGACAGGCCGAAAAUGGAAGCAUAUCAAUAUCGGAAGAUUCCUCCCAACCCCUAUGAAAGUAAAAGGGAUAGCAAAACGUAAGGCUCUUGUCAUCGACUGUGAGAUGGUUGGGAUCUCGGGAGGAAGAAGCGAACUCGCCCGUGUUUGCAUUGUCGACCUUUUCACCAGGGAAGUCCUUGUAGACUCCCUUGUGCUUCCCUCCGAGAUCGUCAGAGACUGGCGAACACCGUACAGCGGCAUAACCCCAGCUAUGAUGACUCAGGCUCGGCUCAAUGGAACGGCUCUGAACGGGUGGCCAACCGCGAGGACUAAGCUUUUCGAGCUUGCUGACGCGGACACAAUACUCAUAGGACACGCGCUCAACCAUGACUUGCAGAGCAUGCAUGUCAUUCAUAACAGAGUUGUCGAUUCCGCCAUCCUAGUUGCGGAAGCCGUUUUCGGAAGGGGCAAUAGACUAUGUCGCCAAUGGGGGCUGAAAGUGUUGUGUCAAGAACUGCUGGGCAUCACAAUACAGUCGUCCAAACCUGGUCACGACUGCUUGGAGGAUACGCUCGCAUCCCGAGAGAUCGUGCUAUGGUGUUUUAGAGAGCGUGAGAAGCUGGCGGCCUGGGCUAAGGAUGCCUUAGUCAAGUACGAGACUGAGAAGCAGAAGAGAGAAGAGCGCCAAAAGGCAAAGGCCCAAGAGCUAGCGUUGAAGAGAGAGAAAGAGAAAGAGAAGGAAAAGGAAAAAGAGAAGGAAAAGGAAAAGGAGAAGACGAAAGCUAAUCGUUCUUACUACCAGCCUUGCGAAGUAAUGAGUUGGGACGAUUUCCUCGAAGCUUGCGACUACCCUCCUGGAUAUGAUCCGUCGUCGUCUUACUAAAGGCGAAAAGGACUACCUAUCGUACCUUUCAAUAAUAGAAGGACCGCCGAUCACGU